GGAAGGACAGAGACUCGGGCGCACACGCCUCCUACCAAAAUCUCAGCCCCGUGGAGCUGGGGCUUUCAUUCAGAGCUUUCUAGAGAGAUCCGAGCCUGAACCUGCCAGAAAAGGGGAUCUCACCCACCCAGCUCAGCUGCGAGGACACCUGCAGAUAAACAUACCCCAAAGCAAGGUUGUGCAGCCGUGUGAAGAGAAAGAUGCCAUAAAUUCUGCUUCCCUUUUGGAUGGAGACCACCAUACAUGACCUGAAUGUCCUACUGCUUUCCAGGAAUAAGAAAAAGACCCUCUAGUUGUCUUUCUCUGCAGCAGCUUGGCAGUAAAACAGCUCUUGAAUGGGUCAAGGUGCCAGAAAAUUAUCACUUGAAUGGGAUCAAUCCCUUACUUUUUAAAAUAUCAGAAAUUGAGCAUUGGGAAAGGAGAUUUCGUAAGGAUGACCCAUUUACAAGCCGGACUCAGUCCAGAGACUAUAGAAAAAGCUCGCCUAGAACUGAACGAAAAUCCAGAUAUAUUGCAUCAGGAUAUUCAGCAAGUCCGGGACAUGAUCAUCACCAGACCUGACAUUGGAUUUUUACGUACAGAUGAUGCCUUCAUCUUGAGAUUUCUCCGAGCCAGGAAAUUUCACCAAACAGAUGCCUUUCGACUACUGGCUCAGUACUUCCAGUACCGCCAGCUAAAUCUGGACAUGUUCAAAAACUUCAAGGCUGAUGACCCAGGAAUCAAGCGGGCUCUGAUUGAUGGAUUCCCCGGGGUACUGGAAAAGAGAGAUCACUAUGGCAGGAAGAUCCUUUUGCUCUUUGCAGCCAAUUGGGAUCAGAGUAGGAACUCCUUCACUGACAUUCUCCGUGCUAUUCUGUUGUCAUUGGAAGUUCUUAUCGAGGACCCAGAACUUCAGAUAAAUGGUUUCAUUUUAAUUAUAGACUGGAGCAAUUUCUCCUUCAAACAAGCCUCCAAACUCACACCUUCAAUCCUCAAACUGGCUAUCGAAGGGUUACAGGACAGUUUUCCGGCCCGCUUUGGAGGAGUCCAUUUUGUCAAUCAGCCCUGGUAUAUUCAUGCCCUGUACACACUAAUCAAACCAUUCCUCAAAGACAAGACAAGGAAAAGGAUCUUUCUCCAUGGCAACAAUUUGAACAGCCUUCACCAACUAAUACACCCAGAAUUCCUGCCCUCUGAAUUUGGAGGGACCCUGCCUCCCUAUGACAUGGGAACUUGGGCUCGGACAUUACUCGGUCCUGACUACAGUGAUGAGAAUGACUAUACUCACACUUCCUAUAACGCAAUGCAUGUGAAACAUACAUCCUCCAACCUAGAGAGAGAGUGCUCACCCAAGCCGAUGAAAAGGUCUCAGUCUGUCGUGGAAGCUGGGACACUGAAACAUGAGGAAAAAGGAGAGAAUGAGAAUACCCAACCACUCCUGGCGCUGGACUGAAUUCCAAGUCACCAACAUACAUCUUACCAGCCUUUAGUGGCACUGGUCACCUAUGAAGCACAUGCUUAACUGAUCCCCACAGGCACACAUCUUGCUUGACAAAAGGUCCUCCACUUCUGUUGACAAUAACGAUCGUCACCAGCCAUCUGUCUGAGCAGCCAAAGUUAAACAAAGAGCAGAGGGAUUUCUUUUUCAAUGAAGGAUACAAGGAUGAAGCAAGAUAGCAAUUUAAACCAGGAAUGAUUUUUUUUUCAAUUUUUAUUUUACAUUUAUGGUAUUAAAAGGAUCAAAAAGGGUUGGACUCAUUAAUUCUUUGCCCACAUAUAUAAACUACAAACUACAUUGUGGCCAUUUUUUCCCCUCACAUAUCAUUCUGGGGAAACG